GGCGCGCUGUCGCUGUGGCGGGGGAACCUGGCGAACGUGAUCCGCUACUUCCCGACGCAGGCGUUCAACUUCACCUUCAAGGACACUUUCAAACGCAUUUUCCCCAAGUACGACCAGAAGAAGGAGUUCGCGAAGUUCUUCCUGGCGAACGUGGCCUCGGGGGGGCGCCCCGGGGGGCCCCCCUGGGGGGCCCCCGGGGGGGCCCCCUGGGAUGAAGAUGAAGAAGUUUUGCGAGAGGCUUUUGGGUUUGUGGGGUUUGAAGGGGGUUUGGUGUUCUACUGUACGUACACCGCAACGGAACUUGCGGAUUCGGAAACUUCGGAGAAAAGCAGAAAAACAGAAAUUAAAAUUGGAGACUUUGUGGACUUGCUGGUGGCCAGAGACAGCAGCAAGCAGCAAAACGCCCUCUUCAGGUUUGCUGCCCGCCUCCUGCUGCUGCGCUGCAUCGAGUUGAACGCGAUGCAGCUGCAGCACCCGGACAUGGUGUUCGUUGCGGUGUACAGACAGCUCUUCGGCAGCAAACCCCUAAAUCCUCAACAAGCGUUUACAACUCUUGACAGAUAUUUUACAGGUGCAGCAGCAGCAGCAGGAGCAGCAGCAGACUACAGCUGGCAGGAGGAGACAAGCUUGCCCAAGAAAAGGUUGAAGCCCAAGCACAGCCAAAUGCCCAUGUGA